CACCAUGAAGUCAGGCGGCCUCCUCCUGCUGGCAGGGCUCCUGGUCCUCUGUGCCCAGCUCCAGCCUGUGUCUCCACAGAAGCCUGGACGCUGUCCUAUUAGGAAAGUAAUAAGACCUUGGCCCUGCAUUCAGCAAUGCAACAACGACUUUUGGUGCCACAGAACACUGAAGUGUUGCCGCUACGGCUGCCACAGAUUGUGCAUGACUCCCCGUUUCGGGAGGGCCGGAGACUACCCCUCACUAGCCACAGCCGGAGACUACCCCUCGCUAGCCACAGCUGGAGACUACCCCUCGCUAGCCACAGCUGGAGACUACCCCGUGGCACCCGCAGCCAAUGACUACCCCGUGGCACCCACAGCCAGAGAGUACCCCAUGGCACCCGCAACUGGAGAGUUUCCCGUGAUAGUUGCAGGGGCUGCAGGGAACUGCGGUCCUGGACGCAACAGCGGCCCUGAGUGCCAAACAGAGAAUAAGUGAUGCAGCAAAGGCUGCGGUGAGGUCUGCAUGGAUCACAGUCAAGGCCUUGCCCAUCACCUGGGAGCCUGUGCAUGACGGCACCACGGCCUUCUGCCCAACGCAAUGACGACCCCGAGGCCUCCAAGUUCCCAGACUCUGCUACGGGAUGAGACCUUCCACCAUCGCUUUUGCCGCCCCCAUUCCUGCUGCCAGCCCGGCUCUCCCAGCCCCGAGGUCUGCCUGGUGCAUGGGGCAUCCUCUGCCCAGGCCGGGCUCAGGCUCUGUGCUUUGCUUCCUCCCCUCUAAAUAAACAAGUCCUGCAUGAA